CUUUAGUUUUAAGUCAUGGCCGCAGCAGCUGGAGGAGCACACGCUUUGACUGCAAAAGGUCCCAGGUUCAGCACAGGGCAGGGCUGGGGAAGACUCCCUGCCUGGAAUCCUGAGAAGCCGCUGCCUGCCCGUGCAGACAACACUGAGCGAGACGGCCCAUGCCUCCGCGCGGGGAGCGGCUCGGCGUCUCAGCCCCGCCCCCUCCGGCCUUCUGGCCCCGCCCCCUUGGCCCCCAGCCCGCCUCUCCCCUCCCAAGCUUCAGUCUCCCCCGGCCCACCUCUCCGCCGCCUGCGCGCAAUGGGGGCGCCCGCCGCGGCCCCCUGGCUCGCCUGCGCCCUUUGGCUCCUGCUCGGGCCCGGCUUGGGGGGCUCUUCCCCGCCCGAGGCGGACGUGGAGAGGAGGGGGAGCCCCGCCGGGUGGCAGGAGGACUGGCCCGCCGUGGUGAUCGCCAUCCUGGCCCGCAACUCCCAGCACGCCUUGCCCCACUUCCUGGGGGCCCUGGAGCGCCUGGACUACCCCAAGGGGCGCAUCUCCCUCUGGUGUGCGACUGACCACAAUGUGGACAACACGACAGAAAUCCUGCAUGAAUGGCUUACUGCAGUGGAAAAUGACUACCGGUACAUUGAGUGGAGAUCUGUGGAUGAGCCCAGCUCUUAUCCUGACGAACUUGGGCCCAAACACUGGAGCGAUGCACGCUUUGAGCACGUCAUGAAGCUCAAACAGGAAGCUCUGAUCUUUGCCCGCUCUGAGCAGGCUGAUUACAUUUUGUUCACAGACACUGACAGCAUCCUGACAGAUGAUCAGACUCUGAAGUUCCUCAUUGCACAAAACAAAUCUGUUGUUGCACCCAUGCUGGAUUCUCAGACUUAUUACUCCAACUUCUGGUGUGGGAUUACUCCUCAGGGCUACUACCGUAGGACGGCAGACUAUUUCCCCACCAAGAACCGGCAGCGGGUUGGAUGCUUUGCGGUCCCCAUGGUCUACGCUGCCUUCUUGAUUGAUCUGCGGAAGAAUGACACCGCCGGCUUGGCCUUUCACCCUCCCCAUCCCAGCUACACAUGGCCAUUUGAUGACAUCAUUGUCUUUGCAUAUUCCUGUCAAGCUGCAGGAGCCCAGAUGUACUUGUGUAAUCAAGACCGCUUUGGAUAUAUCAAUGUCCCAGUGAAAUCCCAUCAGACGUUGGAGGACGAACGCAUCAACUUUGUGCACCUUAUCCUUGAGGCCAUGGUGGACGGCCCCCCAAUGUUCCCCUCCAGGCACAUCUACCUUCCCCCCAAGCACCUGACCAAAAUUGGGUUUGAUGAGGUUUUCCUCAUCAACCUGGUGCGGCGUCCAGACCGUCGGCAGCGCAUGCUCAGUGCCCUCUUUGAGCUGGAGAUAGACCCCUUGGUGGUUGAUGCUGCAGAUGGAAGUGCCCUGAACAGCAGUGACAUCAAGAAACUGGGUGUGGACCUGCUUCCGGGUUAUUUUGACCCCUUUUCAGGGAGGACGCUCACCAAAGGGGAGGUUGGCUGCUUCCUGAGCCACCAUCGCGUGUGGAACGAGAUCGUUGAACGGGGCCUGGAGAGGUCGGUGGUGCUAGAAGAUGAUGUGCGGUUUGAGGCUUAUUUCAAGAAGCGGCUUUUGAGGCUGAUGGAUGACCUGGAGGAGGCGCAGCUGGAUUGGGACCUGAUCUACCUGGGCCGGAAGCAAGUGAACUCUGAAGUCGAAGAGCUGGUGGAGGAUGUACGAAAUCUUGUGGUACCUGAAUAUUCCUACUGGACAUUGGCUUAUGUCAUCUCCCGACGGGGAGCUCAGAAACUGAUUGACGCGCAACCACUCUCCAAAAUUCUACCUGUGGAUGAAUUUCUGCCCAUCAUGUAUGACAAGCACCCCAACGAGGAUUACAAAAAGCAUUUCAGCGACCGGGACCUGCAGACUUACUCUGUGCAACCCCUCCUGGCCUACCCAAGCCACUACACCGGGGAGGCCAAGUGGAUGAGCGACACGGAGACCUCCACCAUCUGGGAUGACGACUCGCGCAAGACGGAUUGGAGCGGCUCGCAGAAAACGCUGAAAGAUGCCCGCGGCCAUGGAGGCACCACUGGCCAUGCCUUUCGCCCAGUCUCUAGGGAUGAGCUAUAACAUCUGGCUGGGUCAUCUCCUGCACCCCGUAAGCGAGAGGAAGAUGAAAGAUCAGGGCUAGCUUUCCCCACCCUCCACCUUCUCUCAGGUCGCUGUGUUCACUUGAGCUAUUUUGAACAAGGAAUCUACAGUAUCUGCAUCAAAGAGCAGUUUGUGCUCUUAGUGAUGCCUUUGGAAUCACCCUCGCUGGGUGACAGUGGGGUUUUGGCCCCUGCAAUAUAUGGAACUCUCUUUUGGAGUCUCAUAGCAACAAAGCUGCUUUUGCAUGUACCAUGGGGUGGUGCUGAAAUGGUCUCCGUGGACUGGGUGCCUUUGACUUGCUCUCUCUUCCCUUGUUCUCUUGCAGGGGGAUGCAAGAGGCCUACUUCUCCUCAGCCUGCCAGGAUGUGUUUUGCUUUGUACAGCUGUUUGCUGUUAGAACAGGCCAUUUCGGCUUGUUAAAAAAACUCUUUGAUUUGGAUAAAUUGUUUGCACGGGAAUCAGAGUUUGCCGUUGCCAUGGGCAGGGGUGGUGUCUUCAUCAAAAAGGCCAAACAUGGGGAACCUCUGGUCCUCAAGGCUGAAUGUGGCCCUCAAGGCCUCUCUGUCUGGCCCUCGGGGCUGUUCCCAAGCCACACAGACAGACACCCUUGAGGGCUUUUCCUGACUGAAAUGUGUCCUUGAACUGUGACUCUCGCUUACCAGGAUGGAGCAAUUGGCAUAUGUAUGUACGGGGAAAACCUUUGCAUGGCUGGAAUAUAGUCUACUCAGAAAUGGAAAAGUCAGAACUGUUGCUCCGCCCACUUUUGGUCUGUGGCCCACCCACCACAGGCAUGUGGCCCCCAGAAGAUUGCCAACAAGGGAAUGUGGCCCUUGGGAUGAAAGAGGUUCUCCACUGCCGUCCUAAGCCAGUUAGAUGUCAAGACUGCCACUUUGUCUUAAAGACAGUGGUUCUAGGUGACGAUGGAGCUGUCCUGCUCAGGCUAUCCCUCUGCUAUUAGAGGGAGCCGAUAUACCAUCUCCUCUAUCCUUUCUUAUAUCUUUUUUUUUAAAGGCAAAAUAAGUAAAUCAAACUGCAAAUUAAAGAUGAGCUCUUAUUUCAAUUUACAGAAGUAUGUGUUCAUUGUGUUCUUGUACCCCUCUCUAAAGCUAUAGGGUGACAUGCCCAUUUAUUUCAGUGGGUCUAUUUUGAGUAUGACUUAACUGGAUAUCAUCCAUGAUUGCCAACUUUUUUUCUGCCAAGGCUCCUGUGACUUUUUAAGCACCUGUACAACUUACAGAAAUCCAGAAAUUUAUGAUGUUUUGUCCACUGUCACAUCUCCAUGCUGGGAAAAAAACUUCAGCUGCUUAAUGUAAGGUUGUGCAGCUAUUAAUGGCACAGGAGCCCUAUCUGGGGGCGGGAAAUGGCUGGCAACUCUGAGUGUUUAGUGCCUGUGCUUACCUGGAGUAUUUGACCCUGGUUUAGGGCUGUUGUGGGCUCUGAUGGUCAUGAAUUUGGCACUUAAAAGCAAAAGCUGUGAUGAGAAAAUUGUAGCUGUGCAAUUGGAAAAUAAAAAUAAAAGCAUUAAUAUAA